AUGAGAAGCGCUUUCUCGUCGGCUGUGAUGUUGUUGAAUAGAGAAAAAGCUAAAAAGCUUUUGAGUCAUCUUCAGAAAACUCCCUUAAACAUGGCACUUUGCAGAAAGGAUGUUUCAUUACGAAAAAUUGUUUUCUGUCAGCUCUUGAAUAAACCGCUGGAUAUAAAUUCCUCAAAAAAUAUGUUAAGCUAA